CCUGUGACCAGGAAGGCCUGCCUCCGAGGGCCACACCCUUUGUGUCUGUCUGUUCAGAGGACACUGUGGCCUCUUCCAUUAGCUCAGCACGGUACAGAGAGAGGAGACACCAUGACCCCCACCCUCACGGUCCUGUUCUGCCUCGGGCUGACUGUGGGCCUCAGGACCCCAGUGCAGGCAGGGACCCUCCCCAAACCCACUAUCUGGGCUGAUCCCCAUUCUGGAAGCCCCGUGACCAUCUGGUGUCAGGGGACCCCAAGGGCUAAGGAGUACCAUCUAGAGAAAGAGAGAAGCCCACGACCAUUGAAAAGACAGGAGCAACUGGAGCCAGGGGACAGAGCCAAGUUCUCCAUUACAUACAUGACAGAGCGUGAUGCCGGGAGAUAUGGCUGUCUCUACCGCAGCCCUGCUGGCUGGUCAGAGCACAGUGACUCCCUGGAGCUGGUGAUGGUGACAGGAUCCUACAGCCUCUCAGCCCUGCCCAACUCUGUCGUGACUUCAGGAGGGAAUGUGACUCUCCAGCGUGGCUCAUGGUAGGGAUUUGACAGGUUCAUUCUGACUAAGGAAGGAGAUCACAGGCUCUCUUGGACCUUGGACUCACAGCCACAGUUCAGUCCCAGGCCCUUUCCCUGUGGGCCCAUGACCCCCAGCCACAGGAGGACGUUCAGAUACUAUGGCUGCUACAUGGACAGAUCCCACAUGUGGUCAUACCUUAGUGAGUUCCUGGUCUCAGGUGAGUCUGGGAAGCCCUCCCUCCUGAGCCAGCAGGGCUCCAUCGUGGCUUCUGUACAGAGCCUGACCCUCCAGUGUCGCUCUGAUGUUGGCUAUGACAGAUUCGCUCUGCACGAGGAGGGGGGACGGGACCUCUCCCAGAGCUUUGUUCUGCAGCCCCAGACUGAGCCCUCUCAGGCCCACUUCCCCCUGGGCACUGUGAGCAGGUCUCACGGGGGCCGGUACAAACGCUACAGUGUAAACCUGUCCUCUGAGUGGUCAGCCCCACGCAACUCCCUGGACAUCCUGGUGGCAGGAUGGCUGUCUGACACACCCUCCCCCUCAGUGCAGCCAGGCCCCAGGGUGGCCUCAGGAGUGAAUGUGACCCUGGUGUGUCAGUCACAGAGCCAGAGGGAUACUUUCCUUCUGUCCAAAGAGGGGGCAGCCAAUCAGAGCACCAAGCUUGGCAGUACCAGGCAGUUCUCCAUGAGUCCUGUGACCUCAGCACACGGGGGAACCUACAGGUGCUACAGCUCACACAGCUCCUCCCCCUUCCUGCUGUCACACCCCAGUGAGCCCCUGGAGCUCCUGGUCUCAGGAGACGUCCCCAAACCCUCCAUCUGGGCUGACCCAGGCCCCAUCGUCACCAAUGGGAGCUCUGUGACCAUCUGGUGUCAGGGGUCUCUGCAGGCUAGUGCCUACGUUCUGUACAAAGAGGGGGGCUCUGAGCUCUUGGACACGAAGACCCCACAGGACUCCAGCAACAAGGCCGGUUUCCUCAUUGAAGCCUCACACAUCGCAGGGCAGUACCAGUGUGCAUAUUACACCGCUGAGGACAUACUCUCAGAGCGGAGUGACCCCCUGCUCCUGGUGGUGACAGGAGAGUACAGUGCACCCUCCCUCUCAGCCCAGCCAGGCUCUGUGGUGGCCUCAGGAGGGAACGUGUCCCUCUCCUGUAGCUCUAAGAUCACAUCGGGCCCUUUCCAUCUGCUGAAGGAGGGAGAGGCUGACCCUCGAGGAAGCAUGAAAUCUGAAUGGAGGGAGCAUGCUGGGAGGUGGCAGGCCAUCUUCCCUCUGGGCCCAGUGAAACCCUCCCAUGGGGGCACCUACAGAUGCUAUGGUUCUCAAAGCUCCAACCCCAACGUGUGGUCACAGCCCAGUGACCCUCUGCACAUCGAGGUCACAGGUGUGCACAAGGAGCCCGCCCUCACGGCCCAGCCAAGCACGCUGGUGCUGUCUGGACACAGCCUGACCCUCCAGUGCCACGCGGAAGCCAGCUUUGACAGGUUUGCGCUGACCAAGGACGAGGGGAUCACACACCCCUGGCGACUCGAUGGGCAGCGCAGCCCUGACUUCCCCCUGGGCCACGUGAACUGCACCCACGGGGGCCGGUACAGAUGCUACAGUGGACACCACCUCUCCUCUGCAUGGUCAGCCCCCAGCGCCCCCCUGGACAUCUUGGUGGCAGGAAUGCACAGGAAACCCUCCUUCUCAGCCCAGCCAGGACCCUCAGUGCCCUGGGGAGCGACCGUGACCCUGCAGUGUGGGGCUGAGAGCUGGUUUGACACCUUCCACCUGCACAGGGAGGGGUCACUGGAUCUUCCCCAGCACCUUCGUCUGCAGAACACGUCUGCACCCUCUCAGGCCACCUUCACCCUCAGUCCUGUGACCUCAGGUGACCAGGGGACCUACAGGUGCUAUGGCUCCAACAGCACCGCCCCCUACCUGCUGUCACAGCCCAGCGACCCCCUGGAGCUGGUGGUCUCAGAUCUUGACUGGAACCUGAUCAUCCUGAUCAGGGUCUCGGUGGCCCUGGUCCUGCUGCUCUCCCUCCUUCUCUUCCUCUUCCUCCUAUUCUGGUGUCAGAGCAAAGGCAAGACAUUAGUUGAAUAGAGGUGGCAUUGGUCACAGGAGGGGGCCUCAGAGCACCUGCCACAGGAAAACCAAACAGCUGGAGGAGGGCAGCUGAGUGGAUUUCUCCAGAACCUCAAAUCAGGAAAUGUGGAGCCCUAGCUGGUUUGGCUCA